CGCGGGUCCUGCAUCGUCGGCAUGCUGUUUAUCGCGGUUUACGCACAUCCGACCACGAAUCUCGCCUGAACCAAAGUGCGCGGCGCCUCCGUCAAAAGUCCCGGAACGUUCGUCCAGCGCAGACAUGAGACCCGACAGCAGACUCAAACUGAAAUCAGAAUGCUUCGCCAUCAACAGGUUGCAGCUGCUGGAAUACGAAUAUCACACUGCACUCGACGACCUCAAAAAACACAAGCUCCGGUUUUGAACGGAGAACCAAUGUAUAUUUAUUGUACCUAUAAUCUUAUGAUAUGUUACUACAAUUUUAAUUUGGUGUCGAUAAAUCUAUCCAUCAUCUAUAUCCUAGUAAACAUUGAUCAAAUAUCCUUCAGUAUUCUCUCCGACGUCUGCCUGCCGGUGUCGCUACUGAUCCUCGUGGUGGUGUGGGGUUACCAGUUGAACGCCAUGACCAUAGAUACCGAUAGCGGAGACAACCACACGAUGUUACUCGUCUAUGGCAUCGGACUCAUUGUGGUCUCGGGCACGGCAUGCGUAUACAUCGCCAUACGAAUGGCGGUCAUGCGACCAGAAGUCGAGGUGACCACUUUUCUCCAGGGAGAGAUGAGACCUUUACAUUCAGAACAGAAACGAUCUCAGUGUUUUUACUAUCAGACUAUUCCCGAAAUACACAGGACUGGUAAAAAACCAACCAACAUUUUUAUUGUGUAAAAUAGUUAUAUUAUAUCAGAUUAAUAAUUAUUUAUUUGAUGUGUUCAUACUUAGUCGUCUUGUAUUUAUAAUAAUAUUAUUUUAAUAGAAACGAUUACAUGUUAUUUACUAAAUGUUAUUGUAAGUAAGCUUAAUAUUAUGUUGUCCGUCUAAUAUUUUUGUAUCUGUACGUUGUUUUAUUUUAUUUUAUUCCGAAAGUUCGUAGUACUCGUAAACUGAUCAGUAUUAAUGCUGAACCUAUGUGUAUAUAUUAUGUGACUUUCAGUUAGCUUAUAGUUUUUAUUUAAUAUAAUAUAAAUAAUAUUGUACAUAUUCAUGUAAAUAAAAAUAUAUUGUGUUUAACUUGAA